GUCUAUCGUCCGACCGAGGACCGCGUCGCGCGCAGGCGUACAAGAUGCUGAUAUUAAUACCGAUAACGUGUGUGUUUAUAACCUGUGUUGCCGCACAAACAGUGCAAGAUGGAUUGAAAGUGAACACAACAGAGGGGCCCGUCGUUGGUGUAAAAGCGACUGACGGUGACUACACCGCUUUUUACGGAAUCCCGUACGCUGGGUCCGUGUCUGGCGAAUUUCGAUAUAAAGCACCACGAAAACCUGAGCUUCGGAAUGCUGACUUCGAAGCGCGCGACGCCAACAUACUCUGUGCCCAGCCCACCAUCCACGGCCUGGCCGGGGUCGAAGACUGCCUCACGCUCAACAUCUUCACCAAAAACUUCACCACCCCCAAGCCUGUCCUAGUCUGGCUUGCUGGAGAAGAGUAUUCCAACACCAACGACACACCUCGCUACUCCUUCAGAUCGCUUGUCGAAGCCGAUAUUGUAGUAGUAGCUGUGAAUUACAGGCUAUCAAUAUUCGGAUUCUUAUGCCUUGGCGUGGAAGAGGCUCCUGGUAAUGCUGGCUUGAAAGAUGUCGUCCGAGCGUUGGAAUGGAUUAAAGAUAACGUGGUUGGUUUUGGCGGGAACCCGGCAAAUGUCAUGUUGUUUGGCCACGGAUCUGGAGCCGCCAUGGUAGACUUACUGACGCUCUCGCUCGCCCAGGCCCAAGGCUUGGUUCACAAAGCUGUAGCAAUCAGUGGGUCUGCGUUCUCCCCGUAUGCAGUUGCCUACGACCCGAUUGGGUACGCCAGGGCUUUAGGCGCCAAACUUGGUUACACUCACAAAAACAACUCGGAACUAGCGAAGCACUUCCAAAAGGCCGCCAUAAAUGUCUUGGUAACUGAAAUUAACAAUUUCACAUUCACAAAUAACUCCGUGUUAUUUGCCCCAUGUGUGGAGAACACCCAGUUGGUGGGAUCAUUGCUGGUUGACGACCCUUCAAAUAUCAUCAAAGCAGGGAAACAUUUACAGAUACCGUUCAUAGCGGGUUACGUGGAUGUUGAAGGGACCAUACGCGCUGAACAAGCAGUCCAUGGUAACUGGUUGAAAAUGAUGUCAGAUGACUUCGUUCCUUUCCUCCCCGCAAAUUUGGCGUUCAAGGACAACACAACACAAAAAAAUGCAGCCAAAAAACUUCGUGAGUCUUACUUCGGCAGUAAAAAGGAACUGGACAAUGAAAACAUCAACGAUUUUUUGGCUUACGAAGGUGAUUCUUUAAUCACAAUUCCUGUAAUUCGGGGUGUGAGAGAGAGAGCUAAAGUGAAUUCGGAGGUUUGGAUGUUGGAGUUCACAUAUGAAGAUGAAAACUACGAUUGGCCUUACCCCACUAUUCGGUUGAAUGGUGUGCAGCAUGGUGCUAUACUCAGCUACAUUUUCGACUUAGAUAAACCAGUUAAGCGAUCCGACAAACCGAAGAAUGCUUUGACAAACCGCCUUGUUACAUUUGCAAAUACCGGAAAACCAGAAGGGGAUAUUCUAUGGCCACCGUACACCUGUUUGGCCAUAGGUGGAUACAACGGCAGUUCAGAUCGCCUUAAAGAGUUCUUUGAGAACCCGGUCUCAAAACCCCAUGAUCAAUAUGUCAACUUUUGGGAAAAUUCUCUCAGUAAGUAUUACGCAAUAGCAUCAGCAGUAGCAUCGGAGGAUUCACCAAAUACAACCAGUACACCACUCGAGCCUACAGGAGAAGAGACCUCAAACCUAGGCCUCAUUUUAGGUUUGCUAGCCGCUUUUAUAAUACUCACUGGCGUUUCUAUUUUCGGGUGUAAACGCUACAACGUUCUUGAUAAAAUCAGAUCGCAACCUAGGUUUUCAAGAGUGUUUUCAGCUAUCACGCAAAGAACAAGUAGAGAGCAAGAACCAAUGUAGAACUUGCGAAGGAGGCUGUUAAAUAAAGUCUAGUCUGGGAAGAUGUGAUCGCUGAAAGAUGUCAAAUUCAAAUUCAAAACGUUUAUUGCAUGUCACUGUAUCUCGUAUCUCAUUAGGGUGGAUAGUAAUGAAGCCAGCUCUGGUUUAUAAAAUCAGUUCUUGGUUUUUCAAUUAAAACAAAAAUCCAGUUUUGAAAAUAUUUUAAAUUCCUGUUUGUAAAAUUAUUACAGUAUUUUAUAUUUAAUCCACCUUAAGUGGCCAACAUAGAUACAGUGGCCACUAGUGCCACCCUUUGCCUUUACCCUACUUAUUGUUUAGUUCUUUGUUGUUAUUUAAUUAAUUUAACUGUCCUUUUUAAUGAGCGUACUAGAGUAGUAAGUAUGUUGAUAGGUAGGCCUCUUACUUACCUGUUUGUUUUACUACAGACGUAAUACAAAGUGUGUUGUGAUUUUAAGCUUGUUGUUUUUUUUUACAUUUGGACGCCUGUUUCUGCAACGAUAACUUUUUUUUUAUAUUCUGUAAGCAAAUAAGCAUUUAGAUUUUUAUAUACUUAGAGACUUGUAGUUUCUUUUUGAAACACUUCUUUUUUAUAAACUAAGUAUUUAAAUGUUUAAUUUAAUUAUUGAACUUUUAAUCAUACUAAUAUUAUAGAGAAGCAUGAUAAUCAGCACACAAAAUAGAAUUCUAGAAUUUUUCCAUUUUUCAAAAUCGGUCCAGUAGUUUCGGAGCAUAUUCAUACAAACAAACAUUCAAUUUCUUUUUAUAAUAUCAGUAAAGAAGUAUAGAUUAAGUUGAAAAGAUAAUACUAUUAUUUUAGGUAACAUAUUUACACCAAGUGUAUUAUUAUUAUUAAGCACUACAUAUAAAUAUUUCCUUUUUGUCUUUUAUUUAUAUUUAUAGGAUUUACAAUUAAUUAACGAAAUAAGAGAAAGAGUACAUAUGCGUACUCGUAUUUAAAAGAAUCUGUAAUAUCCUACUUAAUUAAUCAAUUUGUAAUGUUCAUAAUGUAGUUAUUAUUACCAGACAUGUAAAUAAAGUGCUUUAACGUCCAAUUGGGGCCGUUCAAGUAUUACGUAAGCACCAAGGGGGGGUGGGGGGGUCUCUGUUUUGCUUAUUUUGGAUGACAUGGGGGGUAGGGGGGUCUAGAUGAUGAUUACGUCAUCGUUAGUUAUUUCAUCAUUGCAGACGUUGUAAUAACUGAUAGGGAUAGAGACAUGCGAUUUUUGGUUUUACAAAGGUAAUACGAUAGAGAAUAAUACAAAGUAAUAAAAACCACCGGUUAAAGGGGCAUUUUUUGGAGAAAUUUAUUAAAUAACCAAAAAAAACGAAUUUAAAUUUAAAAGCAGUUUUUUUAAUCAAAAAGUAUCAUUUUUAUUAUUUGUUGGCCUUUUUUGUGUAUUUUAUGUAUUUGAUAGAAGAUGAUAAAAAUAGGUCUAGUUUCAUCUACAUAUUUUUAUAUGUACACUUUAACGUGACUCACACUGUAUAAAAAACAUUUAUAACUAAAAAUGUUUACGUAAGCAUAGGGGGAGGGGGUAAGUGCUUUGCUUACUUUUGAUGACAAGGGGGGCGGGGGGGUAAAAAAUGGUAAGAAAUCUGCUUACGUAAUACUUGAACGGCCCCCAUAGUUAAUAACUUGAUAAUUUUUUGAAGCAAUUCAGAAUGAAGCAGGAGGGAAAUAAACACUGCAAAGACUGUAUACUUGCUAGCUUAAUAAACAAUAAUAAUAACUGUUGUUUAA